AUGGGCAACUCCAGCUCAAGCCCCGACUCAACGGACAACGCCGCGGGCAAGAAAAGCCUCUACCAACGCUACGAAGACAAGAAGCGCGGGCCUGGCGUGACUGACGAAGACAUCCUCAAAUACACCGGCAAGACGCGCGACCAGCUCAAUACCUGGGCCGAGACCGCGCCCGGCGUGGCAGGGAAUCAACCUGCCGGCAAGCUCGCCAUUGGAGCGGCAUCAGGUUUCGCGGGCGAAGGAGCUGCUGGAGGCCUGGGAGGCUGGGGAGUUGAGGGUACUAGGAAGAUGAAGUUCCCGCCGCAGCCAAAGCCUGUGAAGAAUGUCGAAGACUCAGAAGAGGAGGAUUGA